CUCAGGUGCUUCGAGACGAGCCCAGCGAGGAGAACACUUCUCUUCAGAUCACACAAGAGGAUUCAUUAUUUGAUUUCUUUUCCCUCCAUGGAAAAACUAUUGAUCUUCUCAUAAGCUCCACAGAGAAACAGGUCGUCUGAGCCACGAUGAGCUGGGGGGCACUCUACGCCCAGCUGGGCGGCGUCAACAAGCACUCCACCAGCCUCGGGAAGAUCUGGCUCUCCGUCCUCUUCAUCUUCCGCAUCACCAUCCUGGUGCUGGCCGCCGAGAGCGUCUGGGGCGACGAGCAGUCCGACUUCACGUGCAACACGCAGCAGCCGGGCUGCAAGAACGUCUGCUACGACCACUUCUUCCCCGUGUCGCACAUCCGCCUGUGGUGCCUGCAGCUGAUCUUCGUGUCCACGCCGGCGCUGCUGGUGGCCAUGCACGUGGCCUACAGGAACCGCGGCGACAAGAAGACCAUGCUGGCCUCCAACGGCGUCGACAAGGUCAACGACCUGGAGAAGCUGAAGAAGCGGCGCCUGCCGAUCACCGGCCCGCUGUGGUGGACCUACACCUCCAGCCUGUUCUUCCGGCUCAUCUUCGAGGGCGGCUUCAUGUACGCGCUGUACUUCGUCUACGACGGCUUCCAGAUGCCGCGGCUGGUGAAGUGCGAGCAGUGGCCCUGUCCCAACAAGGUGGACUGCUUCAUCUCCCGGCCGACGGAGAAGACCGUCUUCACCAUCUUCAUGGUGUCCUCGUCGGCCAUCUGCAUGAUCCUCAACGUGGCCGAGCUGGGCUACCUCAUCGGCAAGGCGCUCAUGCGUUGCUCGGCCCGGUCCAAUAGGAAUCGCCAGUACGGCCAGGCGGACAGCGUGACGCGGGACAACGCCCUCCUGGAGAACAAGAAGAACGAGGCGCUGCUGUCCACCACCACGGACUAGUCCGCCAAAAGGCGAUGCGCUGAAAAGGGGGGGGGGGCCGGAGGAUCGGCA